CUCUCUCUCUAGAACGAACGGACGACAUCCUUAUCAACAUGUCGAACAAAUCCAAAAAGGGCGACCCUUCGUCCCGCGCAAAAUCGACCUCGACCCUGAACUCGGCACCCGCUCACACUCAACCCUUGCCUCCCCACCCUUCCCUAUCCAGCUUCAACCCCACCAAAACACAUUUCGCCGCCGUCGUAUCUGCUGGAAUUGCUGGCGGUCAACGCUUACGAUGUUGGGACGUCGAGAGGAGCUCGAUCGUCAAGGAGUGGGAUCUGCCGCUGGACGUCAAGGAGGGUAAACGGGGUGCUAGGGCGGUCUUUUGGGCGAGUAUGGCUAUGGGAGGGUCUGCUGCCAGUACCUCUGGGGAAGUUGAUGCUGAGGAGGAUGGCUCCUCAAAAAAGAAGAGAAAGCGAAAGAGCGCUUCGGGCCCGGCUGGAUCGGGCACCAACGAGGAAGAGGUGGAUUGCGUCGUCGUCGUCCAGGCAGCUUCGUUGCUCUACUAUACUACCGGACAGACAGGAGCGAAACCUGCCAAGGUCGUCAACCUCUCGACGACACCAUCCACCGCUAUCGCACUGACCCGGGGAGGCGAGCACCAUAUUCUCACAGUCUCAUCCACCACCUUUGAGAUCAUCGAUCCUGUCACUGGAUCUGUACAACUCUCCACCCCGCUCCCAGAUGGUUUCACCCCAGCCUCCGUCUCAACCUCGACCUCAUCUUCUAUUCCGAUCGCCAUUUCUGUCCUGGACGACUCGGCCGAGCACGUCAACAUUGCCAUCGCCUCGACAAAUCUUACCGUCCUCACACUCCCUCUUCCUCUCAGCACGUCACUCCCCUCAAAAGAAAAGGUUCAAUGGACCCGCCCGCAAUCCAUCUCCAUCGAGCCUAUUCGAACGAUCGUCGCACUCCCCCUGGGCGGAGUCAGGUUCAUCACCGUGGAGGAGGAAUCCCGAGUCGGGACCGUUUGGUCCGCCACCCCCAACGGAUCAGGGGAACAGAACGUAGAAACCAUCGCUACGAUCCCUUCGCCUACUUCCGAACCCAUUCAUAAUAUCUCGGUCUCUAUCAACCCGGAAUCAGACGAGAUGGAGAUGUACGCGACUUCAAUGUCUGGUGAGAUCAGCAUUUACACGCUGGACGCCUCGUCGUUCACCGCUACUCAAGAUACCGAAUCUACGAACGCAAACUCGAACUCGUUGUCCUCGAGCAAGAAGAAGCGGGGCAAGAAGUCCGCGCCCGUCCCCGCGCUCAAACCUGUUUCCAAGGUCUCGGUGGUCAUUCCGAGUCUGGGGAACGAGGAUGUCGGUAUGCGGAUCUUGGCCUGUGUCAGCGCGGGAAGAGGUGGCCAAAAGCAAGAGACGGAUGGCGGUAUGGAUGUUGAUGACGAGGCACAGGAGGAGAUCGUUGUCGGGUGGAUGGGAGGUGUGGGACGAGUUCGAUGGGAGAAGAUUCGAUACCGGGAAGUUGGAGGUGGGAUCAUCCCGGAAGUGGUCGUCAAGCGAAGUGGGCAGGAACUGGUCGCCAGCGAGUCUGCAGAGGGCGCCAUUCCAUUGCAACGAUUCAAGGAAUCUACCGCGGGUGCCAACAACAACGCCACUCGAGCGCUUAUGACGGAAGAGGAAAAGAAUCUCGCUCAAAAAGACCUCGAGUUGCCCGUCGAGGGAGAUCUAGCCGAUCUGACCUUGGGUGAACGUCUGGCCGUAUUGGAGCCCGAUCACGUUCCUUCCGGUGCAAGGUCGUCAGAACGACGAAGCAAGAAGGCCGAAGAUGGGGAUAUCGAAGAGGAGGAGGAAGAGGGUCAAGACGGCGGACAAAAGCUAGGCCCGCAAUCCACCCAAUCGUUGACCCGGUUGUUAUUGCAAGCCUUGCACACGUCGGACCCGUCGCUUCUCACCCUCAUUCUGACUUCUCCCCAAAACUCGACUCCGGGCAUGAUCAGGAAUACGAUCAGGAAGCUGCCGGCAUCGAUGGCUUUGCCGCUGUUGAAGGCCUGCGUCGAGAGGCUCGGAAAGGGACGAGGGUUCGAGAAGCGAGGUGGUGGACGAGGAGGCGGGUUGAGCGGCAAGGAGGGCGGUUGUGUCGUCGCAUGGAUCCGGGGCGUCUUGGUUGAGAGAGGUAGCAUUCUGAUGACCAUCCCCUCGUUGCCUGUCCACCUCGCAUCGCUCUCGCAACUCUUGCAGAGCCGCCUACAACUUCAUACCCCUCUCCUCUCCCUAUCCGGACGGCUCGACCUUGCUUUGGCCCAGAUCGAGCUUCGAAAAUCGCUCGUACCACCAAAACCCAAGCGACAGGGAACGUUCUACGUCGAGGGAGAAUCAGAGACCGACGACGAUGACGAGGAUUCGGACGAUGGCGAAGAUAUGGACAGCGAUGUCGAGAUCGAGGGUGACGAGGAGGAUAUCGGCGAGGUCGAGGACGUGCGACUGGAAAGCCGGAGAGAGACCGAGAGUCGCAGCGCCGGCGGAGAUGAUGACGAGGCCGAUGGCGAGAUUCGUGUAAGAGCGUUGAAUGGCCGCAAGGGCAAGGCUUCGAGAGAAUUGCUAGUGGCAUCGGAUGACGAUGAUGAUGAAGAAGAGGAAGACGAGGAAGAUGAAGAGGACGAUGACGACGAGGAUGAAUAUGACGAGGACGACGACUCGGAAGAUGACCGACCAAGAGGGUUGAUCGACGACGAGGCGGACGAGGCGGACGAGGCGAGCGAUGACGAGGACGAGGACGAAGAUAUGGAAGAAUGAUCAGAUGUCCUGCCCUUGUCUUCGCAUGUGUUCGCUUUGUAUCCUUGUAGAGUCCGCUACGCCGGGCAGGUCAUGAUCCCAUUAUAACAGUAUAGAUCUUCAUACGAAGAAGGAGGGAACCCUACACUGACAGGCCGGCUCCCUAUCCCGGUAGACACUGU